AUGCCCAUGGGCUUUGAAAACCCUAUUAGCUUCGGAAUCCUAUAUGCCUUGGAAAAGGCAGGACGUGUCAUUGGGUUUUGGGCUCUGCAAAUCUUAUAUGCCUUAGCGGCUAAGCCUAUCUCAGAGAGGGACUCAUCAGGCAGGCAAUUAAUUUCUUACAAAAAUGCAGCGAUUCUGAGGAGGGCAAGAAACUUCAUUAGCAUUAACAAUAGUCCCAAUAAUUGUGCAAAAUAG